AUGCAGCGCUGCCAGGUGCAGAUGGAGGGGGGCAAGAGAGAAAAGGGGACGACUGAGAGGGCGGCUGAGUUCACAGGUGAGCUUUAUGGUCAUACCAGCGCUCCGGGCUACGAGCUGCUGCCGCAUGUUGAGGCUCCAGCAGAUGGAGAGCAGGCUCAGGAGGGGAAGACUGAUGGCUUAGCUCAUGUGAGCACGGGGCCUGACCUCGUUCUACCCUGGGGCGAGGCAGCCGGACAUGCUGGUCUGGGAGUGGAGGUGGAGGGAGGAGAGGCUGCCAGCGUGAUCGCCCACUGGGUCACAGAGGGCUGCAAAACUCAUUUCCUCUGCUCCCACUAUUUCACAGUGCAUGAUGGGAGAUCGUAUCAGAUAAACACAGGGCACCUUGCACAUUGUGAGGCAGGCAGGCUGUCGUCCUUCUGCAACUGA